UCGAUGAGCAACGACAACACGCGACGUCGGCGAAAUCAACAUCAGCAAACAACGGCCGACCGCUCCGCUCCGCCUGCUGAGCGAGUCACAAGCUGCGCUGCUGCGGAGGAACGAAGAAGACUGGAGCCCCGCGGAAGAAUGAUGAAAACACUGCUUCAUAACGAUCAAACUGCAGUCGGCAUGGCGGACCGCACCAGGUCCAACAGCACCGUGGCGACAGCAGCAACGACAACCACCGUAGCUUACCAAAGGAGCACCUCUUCCUCCAUGUCUCCCCAGACGUCUUUUGGAGUGGUCCAGACAGAUCCGACUACCUCCUCCACGGGAGCAGGAACAGGUAAGACGUCUAGUGGCUACGCAUCCUCCUGUCCAGACCUUCUGUUUGUCAAGACCGAGCCUUGCGCUGCUGGAGAGAUCCACCGUAAGCUCCACCUCACGGCGUCCCUGAGCGAAGGCCGGCGAAGCCCUCGAGCGGACGGCUACUCGCGGUACCAGCAUUCACACUCAACUAAGACAUCCCCGUGCCAGGGGAGGGAAGUGCUAUCCCGCAAGACAUCCUCUAUUUCCUCCUGCCGCUCCUCCUCCGAGAUGUCUUGCGACGAGGAGCUGGACAUCUCCAAGGUGAUACCUGAAAUCAAAAUUGAUGAGCUGCCGCAGAGCUCCACGCCGUUCCGAGACAAGAACAUCUCAGAGAUUCUCAGCUUCCUUUUCGUCGGUGACGCCGAGGCAGCCUUCCGAGAACCCCUCCUGUGCCGACUCAACAUCGAGUGUGUGGUGGAUCUCAGCAACCUUUCCCCUGAUGAGAUCUCCAAGUCCAUCCGUCUCAAGGACUGCCCUUGCGUCUGCCCUUCUCAGAUGAAGCACACUCGCAUCCGACUCAACCUCCUGGUGGACGACACAGUCAACGAGGAUAUCAUCCAUUACUUCGACGAGAUCAAUGCCUUCAUAGAAGGCGCUCGGAAAAUGGACCGUAAAUGCCUGGUCUACUGUUUCGGCGGGCGAUCUCUCUCGCCCACCAUCGUGACCCAGUAUCUCAUGCAGCACAACGGGAUGACCCUCAAACAGGCCUACAGUCUGGUCAAGAAGAGACGGCCAGAGACCACUAUAUCGGCCGGCUUCCGGAGCGCCCUCGUGCGACUAGAGAGGCAGCUGCAUCCUAACACCAACCCGGCCAUCAUGUUCGAGAGCGAGUUUCAGACAGAAGCCGUUGGACCCUCGUGUACCCAACAGGCAUGGACCUAAUCGUAGAUUGUCUGGUCCAGCAUAUUUCUGCUACUCCAUUCGAGAAAUGGCUCUUUGGUCUCUCACAUACGACCAAUUAAAGAUCAAACGCUCUAUCAAAAUACUCCAGAUACUACUCUGUUUGAUUGUAACCCAUCUGUGAAGGUAGAGACCAUAUUGUUCGGAUCUCGAGCUGCUGCAGGGUCUCAUUCCUGACGAACAGGGAUAAUAAUUGAGAUGCGCAUUUGAUCAUAAUUAUGCUUAUGGAAUUUGCGUAAUAUAUAUGUAUAAAUUAUUAAUUUUAUUGUUCGAUCUUCCCUUGAUCCUCGUUUAACUGAACAAUUUCAGCAAUUUUCGACUUCCAGAUGACCGCCGCUCUACCAACUGAGCCAUCCACCCUGUGUGUUAUACAAAGCAACGGAAUAUAGGCUUACCUACAAUGACAGGUGUAGCCAAUCUAGAAUAAUGUUCUUAUUCGUCAGCGUCUUGUGAUACCUGAGGUUCUGCCAGUAUAUAAAAGCGUAUUUCUUCUGAAGUUUUAGAAUAACGUAAAAUGCGAAAACUUUCCAGGCAUGCUUUUGCGGAUUGUUGGUGACUCGCAAAACGAGUCUUUGAAAUCUAUGUCUGGAAAAAGGUGAACUGAAAUUGGCCGUUUGUAAUUUUUGUCUCUGCUCCUUAACAAAAUUUAUCUUAUCCAACAUAGCGCACUUGUAUAUGUAACGUGUGCAUAAGUGUAUGUCCAUUUUUGAAAAUGGGUGUGUGAAAUUAGGGAAUAAACUAGGCGCCUUCUUGUUACUCACUCGUCAUAUUUUCUGGAGCAUUCUGCUAAGAUAAUUUUUCUCAGCCAUGGUGGCCUUUGCUUUCCAUAAAUCCAUUUUUCGAUGUCGGUACUGGGAAUUUAAAGUAAGGUCUUAUUUUUGGGGGUUUCCAAAUUAAAGGUCAUUAACGUCUAAACACUACAUUAGGAAACUCGACUCACUUGUUGCGAAGUUUAAUUAUUUAGCAUGAAUCACACACAAUACAAAUACCAGUGAGGGCAACAAUGUGACCGGCUAGACUGUAAAUCACGAUACAACAAAUUGUCUAGGGUUCAUUUUGACCGAUAGUGAGUUGGAGACGUGUGCAUUGAUAUGGAAUGGCUGUGGAUCACCGCGUGUGGGACGUGUCGACAUUUUGUGUCCAUCUGUACACAUUUCUUUUUUCCACGUCGCAUUUGGUGUAUUUACCAAGAGGUGGUUGGUUGGUAGGCCCUAAACUAUGGGCGCCCACCAUUGGAAAAAUAAUAGGCCUACACAAAGAAUUCACAAAUUAGUGUUUGUAAAGUUUGUAAACCAAUCAAUGUUUGUAAAAAAAACCUCUCAAUUAUAAAAAAAACACUACCAAAAAAAAAGUAUGAUGAAAAUACUCCCGUAUGAAUGAAUGUCCUAUAUUUUGAGCAAAAAGAUAUUGCCAACGACGGAUGAAAUUUAUGCCAAAAAAAAAAGAAAAAAAAAUGGCGGCCGCCCAUACACAAUGUUAGUGAGCAAAAGAAAGGUGUAUAGGUUACAGGAAGUUUAUGUGAUAACUGCUUUGGGUCAUUUGAAUAAAUGAUACAUUUCCCAGUCCGUUAUUUGUAUAAGGGGUAAUUUUCUAUUAAU